UCUGCUCUGCGUCUUGGAGGCCUGAGGGCGCCAGCGCCUGGAGCUGCAGCAGAGUGUACGCCAUGGGGAAGGCCAAGGCGGUCAGGGCGCGAAGGACGGCCUCGGGGGCGCGGGGAGCCCCGGCGAGGGUCUGCCCCAAUCCUUUCGAGGUGAAAGUCAACAGGCAGAAGUUCCAGAUCCUGGGCAGGAAGACACGCCACGACGUGGGGCUGCCCGGCGUGUCUCGCGCGCGGGCCAUCAGGAAGCGUACACAGACGUUACUAAAGGAGUACAGAGAAAGGGAUAAGUCCAACGUAUUUAGAGAUAAACGCUUUGGGGAGUACAAUAGCAACAUAAGUCCAGAGGAAAAGAUGAUGAAGAGGUUUGCUCUGGAGCAACAGCGACAUCACGAGAAAAAAAGCAUCUACAACCUAAAUGAAGAUGAAGAACUGACUCAUUAUGGCCAAUCCCUGGCAGACAUUGAGCGACAUAACGACAUCGUGGACAGUGACAGUGAUGCUGAGGAUCGAGGGACGCUAUCCGCUGAGCUGACGGCUGCACACUUUGGAGGCGGCAGCAGACUCCAUGUGAAGACUUCUCAACAGGAGGGCGAGGAGCGGGGAAAACCAAAGUCACGGAAAGAACUCAUUGAAGAGCUCAUUGCAAAGUCAAAACAGGAGAAGAGGGACAGACAGACUCAGCGGGAAGAUGCCCUAGAACUCACGGAGAAGCUAGACCAGGACUGGAAGGAAAUCCAGGCUCUGCUGUCACACAAAACCCCCAAGUCAGAGAGCAGAGACAAAAAGGAGAAGCCCAAGCCCGAUGCAUAUGACAUGAUGGUUCGUGAGCUUGGCUUUGAAAUGAAGGCUCAACCCUCUAACAGGAUGAGAACAGAAGAGGAGCUGGCACAUGAGGAGCAAGAGCGGCUCCAGAGGCUGGAGGCUGAAAGACUGCGGAGGAUGUUAGGAAAAGAUGAGGAUGAAAAUACCAAGAAACCAAAACAUAUUUCAGCAGAUGAUUUAAACGAUGGCUUUGUACUAGAUAAAGAUGAUAGACGUUUGCUUUCUUACAAAGAUGGAAAGAUGAAUGUCGAGGAAGAUGUCCAAGACAAGCAAAGCCAGGAAGCCAGUGGGGAUGAGGGUGAGGAGGAUGAGGGCGAAGGCUCCAGCGGGGAGGACCUGGAGGAGAGCGAUGGCCCAGAGAGCCACUCGGACCUAGAAUCUGGUGUAGAGAGUGGGGAAGAAAGUGAGAAUCCGAAGAAAGAUCAUCAGAGUCCUGGGAAAGGAUCGAGAACUGGUGGCCAAAGAGCUGGAAAAGCUGCCAGAACAGAGCUGCCCUUCACAUUUGCAGCUCCUGAGUCCUGUGAGGAACUGAGAUCUUUACUGUCGGGAAGAUCGAUGGAAGAGCAGCUUUUGGUGGUGGAGAGAAUUCAGAAGUGCAACCAUCCGAGUCUCGCGGCAGGAAACAAAGCAAAGCUAGAAAAACUAUUUGGCUUUCUUUUGGAAUAUGUCGGCGAUUUGGCUACAAAUGAUCCUCCAGACCUCAGAGUAAUCGAUAAGCUGGUUGUGCAGUUAUAUAAUCUUUGCCAGAUGUUUCCUGAAUCUGCAAGUGACUCUAUGAAAUUUGUCCUCCGAGAUGCUAUGCAUGAGAUGGAAGAAAUGAUUGAGACCAAGGGCCGGGCCGUGUUGCCAGGGCUAGACCUGCUCAUUUAUUUGAAAAUUGUGGGGCUGCUAUUUCCAACAUCGGACUUCUGGCACCCAGUUGUCACCCCUGCCCUGGUGUGCAUGAGCCAGCUGCUUACUAAGUGCCCUGUCCUGUCCCUCCAAGAUGUGGUGAAAGGCCUGUUUGUGUGCUGCUUGUUCCUGGAGUUUGUGUCCUUGUCUCAGAGGUUCAUACCCGAGCUCAUGAACUAUCUCCUUGGGAUUCUUUACAUAGGAAUUCCGAACAAACAAAGCCCAGGUUAUGCUCUGGUGCGCCCCUUCAGAGCACGUGGGAAGAACUCCCAGUUACUCCUGGUUUCUGAGAGAGAGGACGCAGCCACAUGGCAGAGGAGCAGCCUUUCCCUCUGCUGGGCUAGUGGACUGACAGCCCAGACAGCCACGGAGGCAAAUCACAUCAGGCUUUCCUGCCUGGCCGUGGGUCUGUCCCUCCUGCAGCGCUGUGUGCGGCUAUACGGCACCCUGCCAUCUUUCCAUGCCAUAGCCAGUCCUCUCCACGCCCUCCUGAUGGAGCACCUGGCUGACUGCAGCCACCCCCAUGAGCUCCAGGAGCUGUGUAGGAGCAUUCUGACAGAAAUGGGCAACCAGAAGCAGCUCUACCGGCCACUGAUCUGUGAGAAGAGCAAGCCUGUCCCGCUGAAGCUGUUCACCCCCCGUCUGGUCAAAGUCCUCGAGUUUGGACGGAAACAGGGCAGCAAUAAGGAAGAACAAGAAAGGAAGAGGCUGAUCCACAAACACAAGCGGGAAUUUAAAGGCGCUGUCCGGGAAAUCCGAAAGGACAAUCAGUUCCUGGCAAGGAUGCAGCUCUCAGAGAUCAUGGAACGGGAUGCGGAAAGAAAGCAAAAAGUCAAACAGCUUUUUAACAGCCUGGCUACUCAGGAAGGUGAAUGGAAGGCUCUGAAGAGGAAAAAGUUCAAAAAAUAAAAUUGUUUUGUAAACUAG